AUGAUGCGCCCUAAUCAAGCUGGUUUCAGACCAGGGCGCGGUUAUGCUGACCAGAUAUUCACGUUAAGAAGGGUGUUGGAACAUCUCUUAAAAUAUUUGCAACCCACUGUCACGUGUUUCAUCGAAUUUGCGGUUGCCUUUGAUUCAUUUGAUAGAGCGGCGCAUUGGAGGAUGAUGGAACGUGACGGUGUUCCAGAGAAAAUCAUUCGACUCAUAAAGGCAUUUUAUGCGCGCACGUCUGUGUAUAUGGGAAGCUGA